CGCACGCCCUGAAGUGGCAUUUAGACUUUAGCGUCGAACAUGAAUCUAUGCGUUUUCAUCUUCGCUAUAACUAUUCUCUUUUCAACGCCUUCCGCUCAAGGUAUAAGUAGUGUUGGCCACGACAGGGUGAAACCUUUCCCCCAGCCAGAACCUAUCACCACUUCCCAGAAAGCUGCCGUCAAGUUCAAACCUCAGCUCUCUAUCGCAUUUGGAUGCCAUCCGUACCCAGCCGUCCAAGCGGAUGGUGCUGUUAGCGGUGGGCUCAAGUAUUCCGGCAAACCUGACGGGGAUUGCAAGGGUUCUGCGUUAGGGUCUCAAGUAUAUUCCCGCUCUACGUGGUAUAGGGAUGUUUGGGCGAUCACGUACGCAUGGUAUCUGCCAAAAGGAUACGAGCGCUUCAGUGGGUUGUCCAUGGUUGAGGGUCAUCGCCACUUCUGGGGUUACGUUACUGUUUGGAUCAACAAUCCUGCAGUCGAGAAUGCAUAUAUCCUGGGAGUAUCGAUGUCGGGGCAGUUAGGUCACGACACCCAAGCUCCAGUGGAUAAAAAAUGUGUUGACGGUUCAACAUUGAAACUUGAGUUCGAUGGGCACGUUAUGGAUGGAGCUAAAGGUAAGCAAGGAUUACGGUGUGUGGAAGCUGUCGGUAAAUUUCAAGACCUCAUCACGUGGGACCAGCUCACCGAGGCGGCGCGGGAUUCGUUGAACACCUACAAUUUUGACUCAAUUGGACGGGACAUGGGCACUGUUCCACUAAAAGAUGGUGUGUUCACUAAUUUACUCAAUUCAACCUGGCCUUUUAGCCCAUAACCCAGUGGAGUAUCACAUCGCGACGGAUCUACUGUACAAGCAGCAAGAAUUUGAAAAUGGAAGUAAGGCUCGCUAUCUUAAAAGCAAUAGAUUCGGGGGCAAUUGUGUAGCAAAUGUUAGUUAGAACUAGCUAUGUGGGCACCCUUAACACCGAAAUCACCUGUG